AUGCGUUUUCUACCGACUAUCACUGCUCUUUUUCUUGCGCCGACUGCUGUCUUUGCAGCAUGGGGCUACACCGACGACGGCAAGAACUAUGUGAUCGAUACGAAUGCAAAUCUCGUAGUCAAGGUCAGCAAGACGAACGGGGACAUGACGUCGAUUAAGUACCGCGGCAUCGAAUACAAUGGUCAGAAUGGUAAAAACUCGCAUGUGGAAUCUGGUCUUGCACCUGGAACUGUCACCAUCAAGCAAUACACCACUCCAGCCAACAUCAUCAAGGUGACGAUGAAAGUUGGCACUCUCAUCCAUACUUUGGUCUUUCGAUAUGGCAAUCCCAACGUAUACAUAUUUAUGAACAAGAAAGACACCAGCAUCACUGUGUCAAGAUACAUUCUUCGCAUUCCUCCGAACAUAUUCACCAACAAUGUUAACGAGGACACUGACUGGAUUCCAGAUGGCGCUCCAGCCAUCGAAUCUGGUGAUAUCAAUGGUCUAAAUGGCCAGACGUGGUCCAAACAUUACUCUGGCAAGAAAUUCGGUCGCACAAUGGACUAUGACUGGGUCGGAUAUACGAACAGCAAUGUUGGCAUGUAUAUGAUUCGUUCGAAUCAUGAGAAGGCGUCAGGAGGCCCAUUCUUCCGUAGCUUAGUACGCCGCGGGGGUAGUGGUGGGCCGGAUCUAUAUGAUAUCUAUCACUACAACAUGGGUCAUACCGACGUGAUGCGCUUCGGCCUGCAAGGUCCAUCUGUCCUUCACUUCACUGAUGGUGGUGCUGCACCAAACACUGCUCUAUUUGCGCGCAAUGCCAACUGGGAUUGGUUUGAUGCCCUCGAGAUUGAUGGCUGGACCCCGGCUAGCAAGCGCGGCGCUGUCUCUGGUGUUGGUCUGGCGAAUGUGAAGAGCGGGUACCAGUAUGUUGUAGGCUUGAAGAGUGCGCAGGCUCAGUACUGGGCUACUGCAGGGACCGGCACCUGGAAGAUCAGCAAGGUCUUGCCAGGCUCAUACACUUUGAACGUAUACAAGGGCGAGCUCGAAGUUCAUACCAGCACUGUCACCAUCACUGCUGGAGGAACCGUGGCGCUGAACACAAUCACCUGCAAUGACCCUUCAGAUACAUCCGCCAUAUGGCGGAUUGGUGAAUGGGAUGGCACACCCAAGGGAUUUCUCAAUUUUGGUGACAGCCCCAUGAAGCCGACGUACAUGCAUCCGUCUGAUUCGCGGCUUGCAAAGUGGGACACAGGAAACUACAUCAUAGGUACCAGUACCAGCGCCAACUUUCCGGGCUACAUCUGGAAGGAUAUCAACAACGAUCACAUCGUAUACUUCCGCCUCACUGAUGCGCAAUUGGCCAAGGGUGCAAAGAUCAGGAUUGGUGUCACAGAAGGUUCUGCAGGUGGACGGCCAACUAUUGUGAUAAACAGUUGGAGUGCUCCUUUGCAGUCCGACAAGGGCCAGGGGGACACUAGAAGUCUGACUGUUGGAACGUAUCGCGGCAAUAACUACGUCUAUGAGUUCAACGUCCCAGCAAGUGCUUGGGUGAACAGUGCGAGGGAAUACCAGCUGCUGAAGAUCUCUGUGAUCUCUGGAAAAACUUCUACUGGCUACUUGAGUCCGGGAAUGAGUGUCGAUGCGAUCGACAUGGUCGCAGCCUAG